GCUGACGGACGCGGUGGAUAUGUGGAAGGUCAAACCUACUGUUUUUUUUCCUCUGGAGACGAAAUACAGAGCAAUUCUGGAGAGUCUGGUUCCUCCUGACCCGAUGGAUCAGUUCCACCUGAACAGAGGUUCUGUGGAGGCGGAGUUUCCUGACCUGUGCAGGAACUUCACCAGGAUGGGGCGGAUCCUCACGCUGGACUUGUACCGUCGACAGUUUUACCGCUGCACGCAGAGUGGCGUUGUCUUCGAUGACAUCAUCCGCCCGGGCCUGGAGGAACCAGGUGAGUGGGCGGGGCCCGUGUCAGUCGGAUGUGUUGCGGGCGACGCCCAGUCCUACGUCCUGUUCUGCGAUUUCUUCGACCGCGUCAUUGAGGCGCAUCACAAACACAAGGUCACAAGAUCAACGCCAGAGAGCGACUUCAACUAUGAUAACCUGAAGGGCGGCGAUGAUUUGGACAGAUCGUACGCCGUGCGCUGUGAGGUGAGCGUCGUUCGCGGUGUGGACGACUUCUGCUUUCCGACGCACUGCAGCCGAGGGGAGCGCAGACAACUCCUCACCCUGGCCAGGAGAGUUUUUCAGUGGUUUGAGGAGGCGGUGCUUCCAGGUCGACUCUUCUUAUUGGAGGAGCUGAACAAGGAUCAGCAGAGAGAACUGAAGCUGAGUCCUCCAUCGUCUCUGCAGCUUCGCACCGGCGUCACCCGCGACUGGCCUGAUGCUCGAGCUGUGUGGCUGAGUAAAGAUGGCCGCCUGGUGGUGUGGCUCAACAUGGACGACCACGUCAGACUGGUGACCACACGUGACGACGCUGACGUCGCAGAAGCUUUUAAAUGCGUCUGCAUCAACCUGCAGAAGUUGGCGGUGAAGUACGGCGAGCUCAAACACCCGUUCACCUGGAAGCAGCAGCUUGGAUGGGUGUCGAGCUCACCGGCCGACGUGGGGACGGGUCUAAGGGUCAGCGUCCACCUCAGACUGAGGCUCCUCCCACAACACACACGCCUGCAGGACGUUCUGAAGAGACUGCGACUCCACAUGGACAGAACAGAAUCCUCGGAGGUUUAUGUCCUGAGCAACGGGGCGACCUUUGGCCCGAGCGAGGUGGAGCUGACGCAGCUGGUGGUGGACGGUGUCAAACUUCUCAUCGCCAUGGAGAAAAGGCUGGAGGAGGUCAGAGACAUCGAGGAGCUCGUACCUGCGCAGAAGUAGAUCUGGACUGACCAAUGAGAGGGGGGGCGUGUUAAUGACAUCAUCGUACAACAGACACUGAGACCUGCGGAUCAUUUUAAAUCAUGUUUUUUGAUGUUUUAAUUUUUAUCUGAUGUCAUGAAUAGUAAAGUUGAGUUAUUUUGUUGUUGA